UCCACACGCGGUCCGUUCUCUGAGCUCUAGAGAGAGAGAGAGAGAGAGAGAGAGCGCACGACGAAGACGACGAAGACGACGACAAUGGCGGCCGCGAGCUCCUCCGCGCUCUCCUCCAAAUCCGCAUUCGCCAGCACUCGCUCCCUGACCAAGCCUCGCCAGCCAGCUCCGGCAUUCUCCGUCCUCCCCGCGAAGGGCCCUCGCCGCCCGAUCUCCGCCGUCCACGCGGCGGAUCAGCCGAAGACCCCCGCGGCGACCAAGUCCGCGGUGGCGGCGCCCGCGGGGACCGGGAAAUGGACCGUCGACAGCUGGAAGACGAAGAAGGCCCUGCAUCUGCCGGAGUACCCGGACAAGGAGGAGCUCGAGUCUGUGCUCGAGACGAUCGAGACCUUCCCUCCGAUCGUGUUCGCCGGCGAGGCGCGCAACCUAGAGGAGAGGCUCGCGGAGGCCGCCAUGGGGAACGCGUUCCUUCUCCAGGGCGGUGAUUGCGCGGAGAGCUUCAAGGAGUUCAGCGCCAACUACAUACGGGACACGUUCAGAGUGCUGCUCCAGAUGGGCAUUGUUCUCACGUUUGGAGGACAGAUGCCUGUCAUUAAGGUGGGGAGAAUGGCGGGUCAAUUUGCAAAGCCUAGAAGUGGCCCUAUUGAGGAGAAGGAUGGGAAGCAGCUGCCAAGUUACAAGGGAGACAACAUCAAUGGCGAUGCUUUCGACGAGAAAUCAAGAACUCCAGACCCUCAAAGAAUGAUAAGGGCUUAUUCUCAGGCUGCAGCGACGCUGAACCUUCUAAGGGCAUUUGCAACUGGAGGUUAUGCUGCCAUGCAGAGAGUUACUCAGUGGAAUCUUGAUUUUGCAGAGCAUAGUGAGCAGGGGGAUAGGUACCAGGAACUUGCUCAUCGGGUAGAUGAGGCCCUUGGUUUCAUGGCUGCUGCUGGACUCACCAUUGAACACCCUAUCAUGACAACCACUGAAUUCUGGACAUCUCAUGAGUGCUUACUUUUGCCUUAUGAGCAAGGUCUGACUCGUCUAGAUUCGACUUCUGGGCUGUAUUAUGACUGCUCUGCUCACAUGCUCUGGGUUGGGGAGCGUACUCGCCAGCUUGAUGGUGCUCAUGUUGAGUUCCUCAGGGGAAUCGCCAACCCUCUUGGAAUUAAGGUAAGUGACAAAAUGGAUCCCAACGAGCUAGUCAACCUGAUAGAAAUCCUGAAUCCACAUAAUAAACCAGGAAGGGUCACGAUUAUCGUGAGAAUGGGUGCUGAGAAUUUGAGAGUGAAGCUUCCAAAUUUGAUCAGGGCAGUCCGCAGAGCAGGACAGAUUGUCACCUGGGUCUGUGACCCAAUGCAUGGGAACACCAUAAAAGCACCAUGUGGACUCAAAACACGUGCCUUUGAUGCAAUUCUGGCCGAAGUGCGCGCGUUCUUUGAUGUUCAUGAACAAGAAGGAAGUCAUCCUGGAGGGAUUCAUCUAGAAAUGACUGGCCAGAAUGUAACUGAGUGCAUCGGAGGAUCCCGGACUGUGACAUAUGAUGAUUUGGGCUCACGUUAUCACACACACUGCGACCCGAGGCUUAAUGCUUCUCAAGCCCUUGAGCUGGCAUUUAUUAUUGCGGAAAGACUGAGAAAGAUGAGGAUUGGAACCCAGCGCAUGCUUUCAUUGGGUGUUUGAAAAGGUUUGGGCCAUCAUUUCUCAUGAGUGGCAAUCUUCUUGUUACUGAUGGUGAUUACUGAUUUGCUUUCUCAAGGAAGCCGGAGCAGAUGAAGUUUUGCCGCUUUCUUGUGUAGACUAGGAAAUAGUUUGUUGGUUCAGAUCAUCUAUUUGUAGUGGUAUGUGGUUGGUCUGUGGAAGCUCGGGGGGGGUGGGGUGGUGGGGGGUGGAUGGCGUGGGGAAUUGAUCAGCAUCCAACGUCCCAAUGUAACUUAAAGUUUGAGGUUCGGUUGUGUUACUUGCACAUCGAUUUGCUUAAUAAGAGCUUUGUCUCAAUUUUCAAAAAGAAUAAAUGGUCUUUUUGCUGAA